AUGUUAAUAUUUAUGAUGAUCAAUUUUAGCUUCUAUGUUCCUCUUCCAAAGCUGACAAAAGAACAUUACAGAGUCUUUUUCUAUAAAACACGUGAUAUACAUGUAGCUGAAAAUGUUGAGGUUGUCAACAUUCUUCGUUUGGUGAUAAACGUAAAAGAACUUCAAAUGAUCGAAGAUGUUACGUAUGGAGACGUGUAUGUAUUUGAUGGUAAAAAUUCAACUCUGCGAUUGAUGCUCAAGGUAACACCGGUACUCAUUUAUAAUGCGAUGAUUGUUAUAUACAAGCAAGUUUUCUCAAAUCGACUAAAAGCUGUUUAUAUUAUCAAUGCUCCUUCUUAUACAGAGAAACUCGUUGCUGUUCUUAAGAGCAUUCUAAAGCCUAAACUAAUGAAACGAAUACACUUUUGUGAAAAUUCGGAUGUUUUAGUUGAAAAAAUCGGAAAAGAAAUUCUGCCGGUAGAUUAUGGAGGCGAAGGAAAGUCUCUAAAAGAACUGCAAGAAAUGCUUUAUCAAAAAUUUAAUGACUAUGAUGAUUAUUUUACACGACUAGAUACACUUCGUAUAAAUGACGAUUUAAAACCUCAAAGGUUAAAAAAUGAUGAAAUGUUUGGACCUUCUGGUAAUUUUAAGAAAUUAGAAAUCGAUUGAUUGUAUUAGUUUGUAUUUUGUGUAGACCGUGCAUGCAACUAGUUCAACUACUUAUAUUUUUGAUGGUGUUUUGUUAUGGGUUUUAUAUUACUUUUGUUAAAAAUAAUAACAAAAAAAAA